AUGGCCUCCCACGUUGUGGUGAUUGACUCGAGUCUCCGACGUGCCACGAUCAAAACGACCCCUGCAAAACCACUGAGCGAAGUGUUAGAAGAAGCAUGUGCCAAGCUCAACCUCGCUCCCACUCAGUAUGGCCUGAAACACAGCAAUAAACAGGUCGACCUCUCCAGAACGAUAAGACUCUCCGGGCUCUCUUCCGGCGCCAAACUGGAACUGGUGCAGCUGUCCAAGUCAGCUGGUGUGGUCUCAAUAGCUCUACAAGUGCCCGAAUCAGAAGCAGCAGGAAUUCCCAAUGGAAGACUGACGGACAAGUUCCCCAGUGACACGACGUUAUGGAAAGUCCUAAGAAAGUUUGAAGAAGGAUCAGGCUCUCGGAAUUUCACUGCGAGAGGAAUCCCUUCAUCGACUCAGAGUGGUGCCGGGAGACUAUAUUAUGAACAACCAGUGGUCCAGGCCAUGAACAGAGAGCUGUCCUCGCUGACUGAUUUACAAAAGACUCUUGCCCAACUUGGCUUCAACAGCGGUUCUGCAUUGUUAAGGCUUAGCUUUCGUGCGACAGAAACACCCUUAGAAGAGGCUAUGCUCCAGAUUCGAGGAUAUUUUGAAUCGGUAGACGGACCUGCACCUCAGGACAACCCAAACGCAACCUCAGUACGAGACGAAACUCCAGCUAUCUCCACUCAACCAAUAGCUGCGUCAGAAUCAGCGUCACCAAUUGCUCCGGCGCAAUCCCAUGAGGAGACCCAACCAAUUGCGCCUUCACAGCCUCAACCAGAGCAGAUAACGACCGCUACAAGUCGCCCGGUCUCCGUUUUUAGACCGCCAAGCUCGUCAACACCGGCUGCUGCUCGGCAACUCUACAACGAUGCAGAUUACACACCUACGGUUGAGCAUGCACAAGUACACCAAAAGUUACUUCAGCAGAAUAGUAGAAAUACAAGGUUACUUACUGACGCCCAGCUGGCUGCGCAGGAGCAGGAAGAAGCCGCGAAGUGGGCAGCGGUGAAGGAAGUCGAGAUCAAGAUUCGUUUUCCUGAUCAAAGUGCGGCAAGUGCCAAAUUCACUCGACUUGACUCAGCAGCAGAUCUCUACAAUUUCGUCAGAGAGUGUUUGGCUGUGCGGUGGAAAUCGGAACCAUUUAUCCUCAGGAAUCCUGGUAUAAGAGGCAAGAACGAAGCGAUACCGGAUGACUCGUCUAAGAAACUCAUCAGAGAUCUUCAACUCAAAGGCCGGAUACUGGUCAACUUUGGUUGGGACGACAGCAGAGCUAGUGUUGAAGCGAGGAGCACCAAGGCAGUAUUACGAGAAGAGUUGCAAUCUCAGGCUCAAGAACUAAAAGUGCAAGACAUUCCUGGCGUUGUAGAAGACGAUAAGGAUCCCGGCACGAAGGUGGAUGUGGGUAAGAAGGACACAAAACCUGACGAAGGUGGAAGCAAGGCUAAGAUGCCGAAGUGGUUAAAGGGGCUGAGCAAGAAAUAG